GGUCCAUGAAAGUUUUGCUGAUAAGGGCAGCCAAUAAAAGCAGCAGUGCAGCAGUGUAAACACAUGUCUGCCUCGGCCCAGAGCGGGCCUUAUUCUGUCGAUUUACAUAAGGCUCCCAUCAGCCGGCCCACUCAUUAUCAUGUUUUAUAUCCCCUGCACUCAGAAAGCAUCAUGGCAAAGCAGCUCCAUCCUCCCCUUCAACAGGGAAGUGAAGCAGCUUCUCGGAGCAGGUGUCAGUAGCUGGUAACUCCCCACAACACUGGACUAGACAGGAAGAGAGGAACUUUAUUUGACUUUUUCUGUUAUUUCCCCAUCCAUCCAUCCUCGCCUUUUUUCCCCCCUCUGCUGUAGCGCGCACCCAGCAGGCCUAUGUUGUGUUUUUAAUGUUCUCUAAAAUGGUAUCCAAGCUGACAUCCCUGCAGCAGGAGCUCCUCAGCGCCCUGCUGGACUCAGGAGUUACCAAAGAUGUUCUGAUCCAGGCCCUGGAUGAUAUGGACCCAAGCCCGUCGGGAUUUGGAGUAAAACUGGAAAGCCUGCCCAUGUCGCCCGCGCCCGCUCAGAGCAGCAAGAUGAACGGGGUGGACGCCGACUCGAAGCCCGUCUUCCACACGCUCACCAACGGCCACGGGAAGGGCAAGCUGUCCGGGGACGAGGGCUCCGAGGACGGGGACGACUACGACACGCCGCCGAUACUGAAGGAGCUCCAGUCGCUCAACACGGAGGAGGCCGCCGAGCAGAGGGCGGAGGUGGAGCGCAUGUUGGCAGAGGACCCGUGGCGUGCUGCCCGCAUGAUCAAAGGUUACAUGCAGCAACACAACAUCCCCCAACGGGAGGUGGUGGACAUCACAGGACUGAACCAGUCUCACCUCUCCCAGCACCUCAACAAAGGCACGCCUAUGAAAACACAGAAGCGAGCGGCCCUCUACACCUGGUAUGUCAGGAAACAGCGGGAAAUACUCCGACAGUUCAACCAGGCAGUACAUGGUUCUGGCAACAAUAUGACAGACAAAGGCAAUCAGGAUCCGGUGUUUUUUUUCCCAGAGUUCAACCCGUCCGGUCAGGGUCAACCUGGUGAUGAGCUCGGCAGCGAACCCUCCAGCAAGAAAAUGAGACGUAACCGUUUCAAAUGGGGGCCUGCAUCCCAGCAAAUCCUGUACCAGGCUUAUGAGCGGCAGAAGAACCCCAGCAAGGAGGAGCGGGAAACUUUGGUAGAAGAGUGCAACAGAGCCGAGUGUCUUCAGAGGGGAGUCUCCCCCUCCAAAGCUCAGGGCCUCGGCUCUAAUCUGGUCACCGAGGUGCGAGUCUAUAACUGGUUUGCCAACCGGCGUAAAGAGGAAGCCUUCAGGCAGAAGUUGGCCAUGGAUGCCAUCACUGCGCAGCCCCACAGCAUCAACCCUCUGCUGUCACAUAGCUCACCACAUCAUCCCCAGGCCAGCGCUUCACCUCCCAUGCGUUACAGCCAAGGCCCGGGUGAGGUCACCUCCUCCACGACCAUCAGUCACCACAGUAGCAACGCGAUGCCAUCCAGCCAGUCGGUUCUCCAGCAGGUGUCUCCGGGAGGUUUGGACCACAGCCACAGUCUGCUGUCACCUGACACCAAGAUGAUUUCAGGUUCAGGUGGAGGACUUCCUCCAGUCAGCACAUUGACCAACAUUCACAGUUCCCAUCACAGCCAUCAGCAGACGCAGAACCUCAUCAUGCCUCUAUCUGGAGUCAUGGCCAUAGCACAGAGUUUAAACACAUCACAGUCUCAGACGGUGCCAGUGAUCAACAGCGUGGCGGGCAGCCUUGCAGCGCUGCAGCCGGUGCAGUUUUCACAGCAGCUCCACAGCCCCCACCAGCAGAGCCUGAUGCAGCAGUCUCCCAGCCACAUGAGUCAGCAGCCAUUCAUGGCUACUGUCACACACUCGCACAUGUAUCCUCACAAGCAAGAGCCACCGCAAUAUACCCACCCGUCACGUUUCCCCUCAGCCAUGGUGGUCACAGACACCAACAGCAUCAGCACCCUCAGCUCCAUGUCCUCAAGCAAGACGGAUGCUCCUGUAAACAAGAUGGUGCAACUUGGGGGUCUCUCCUGGUGUCCUCUUCAAGCUUGGUGAGAGUGUCCACCUGACUUCCUCGGUGCCCGGCAACCCGAGCACAUUUUUCCACCUUCUCACCGUGGUUUCCAUGACACUUCUCUUAAUAACCGGCAACGGCGCGGCUGGAUGAUGAGUCAGUCAACAAACGAGAGGAGUAACGACGGUGGGCCAGGCGGUGAAUGAAGAGAAAUGGUCGUGGAUGAAAACGAAAACAAAAAAAAAAGAGAGAGAAAAAAAGAAACUCACUGCACCUGAAAGUGAAGAGACUGGAUUCCCC